AUGAGGAGGCUUGCACGCAGGCGCAACAUCCUGGCCGCAUUCUCUGCGAUUAUGGGACGCCUUGGUAAAGGCUCGCAGAGCGCAACAAGGCCCAUUUUCAGGGUGCACUAUCGCAAACUCGUCGACGAAUAUUCGCAGCAGGAACAGUUGAGGUUUAUGCCCGCGCUGCCCGAUUACAUGUCGUACUGCUGCUGUCGAUGCGGCCACACUCAGAAGCUCAAAGCGGAGGAGCUGAAUACCAUCGUCGGCAAUGCUUUCCGCAUGGCGUACGUGGCGCAGCUUCAGCGCCAGCCGAUCCUUCAGGAUGUAAUCUCCCCGCGAUCGACGCCGUCCUAUCGCAAAGACAAGCAGGAGCACCGAUCGUCGUGGAACAAAUCGCUGCCCGGAGACGACACGAUCGCCGCGGGCGCUUGCACGAGUCCGUUGUCGAACUCGUGGCUGAAAAGUCGGACAUCGCCCACCUCCAGGACUGGAAGGGGUUCGUCCGCAACGGACAUGAACGUGCAGCUCGGCAGCGCCGGCUCGCCCACGCUGCGACUCGCCAGCGUAAAGGCGCCGAACACGAUACCUGGCCUGCGGCCGGCGUUCACCAAUGUCCUCGGGCCCAUAACGACGAACGUGGAUGAGCCGAAGAGCAUCUCGCAGCAGAGCACACCGAGCAGCGAUGAGAGCAAUUCGCCAACGGAGCUGAACUCCUACAAGAGGCUAACGGACAAGCCGCCGCUGAUCAAGCGGCUGGCGAUGGGUUUGACGGGUGGACGCGACGUUCUUGGGCUGAACGGCGAGGAUGACAGCUGCCCGCUCGUCAGCGGUAGCAGCACGCCGACCAGUCCAUCGAACAGACCUCAUUCCGGAGGCUACAUAAACGAGGCGAUCAUCGACUCGGAGGGCACGCGGCCGCCGUACAACAAGAUCCCGCCAUCCGAGAGCCUUGACAACACCAUCAACGCGUCCAUCACCGCGAAGAACUUCAACAUCGAGAACAACAGGAUAGGGCACAACUGUCCGGGCUCAGGCACGGAGGCGGAAUUCAAGUCGAAAAGAAGAUCACAAAUUAGCACGUCGAGUAGCUCGGUGCCAGCUGACGGAAGUACUCAUGGCUCCACGCCAACCCCGCCGCCUUUACCCGAAAGAACAGACAGCCUGAAUAAUCGAAGCGAGGAGGCAGAGCUACGCAAGGCGCCCUGGUUCCAAGCUGGAAUACCCAGGGAGAUAACGCUCGAGGUACUGAGCCAAGAGCCGGAAGGCGCCUUCAUGGUGCGAGAGAGUACCAGUAAGCCCGGAUGUUACGCCCUCUCUCUCCGUGUGCCCCGUGAAUUCCAGCCGAGCGGAAUAGCCCAUUAUCUCAUAAUGCGUACAAACAAAGGUUACAAAAUCAAAGGCUUCACAAAAGAAUUCACCACGCUCACGGCGUUAAUCACCCACCACUCGGUCAUGCCUGAAUUAUUGCCGUGCCCGUUGUCGCUGAGCCGGUAUAAUCCGAGCUUCGUGAAGACCGAUUCCAGCAAGGACUUCGCGGACAUCGACUCGGAUCCCGAUUAUAAUACGCUGGCGGAUUUUCGCAAAAUGAUGGCCGAUCUCAACGUCUAGAAUCAACGCACUCGUCAAAUCGUCGUCAGGAUAGUGCAUCGAUCGAGCGAGCAAUGGCUUUGAGUACGUGUUUUCUCUUCUCGCGAAAAACGCUGCUCGCCAGCUAGCUGAUUCACAUGACGUGCUCAAGGGAGAAUCGCGAGGCACCGUUCGGUAUAUUUGUACCUGGAUCGACUCUGUGCCAUCGACCAUAAAAAAAAGAGCCGACAAAUAUUUGUCGCUUACAAAGAGAUUUCGCCUAAAAGUAAUCGAUAUUGAUGCGACGCGUGGUAUACCUUUUUAGGCGCGACACAGUUUAGUUAUCAGAAAUCAGCUAUGUUUCGGAAAGACUCGCACACAGCCACCAGUGAUAUAUACUCGUAAGUCAUUAAUAACGGUAAGAAACGAGUAGCGCGUAGAUAAUUUAAUUAACUAACUGCUAGUGUUACGGACGUGACUGGAAUAGAAAUGUCGAGAGGAGAAACGAUCUUUUUACACUGCAGCGCGCUUAACGAGGAUUUAGUUUUAAGCUUCUUUUGACGGGUGAAACGAAACGAUUGACACUUGUCGAAUCUCUUCGAUCGGAAUAAAUUAUUCUUGUGAAACGGGAUAUUCAAAUGUUGGUUGAAAGUUCAUUGAGUUUGUUCGUUUUGCAAAUUUUCUCUUUGUUAGAUCGACUUUUUUUAAAGUGAACCACGUAUUUCGUUACCGUUUCGUUAUCGUUUGGAUCAUUCUCAGUUUGAUUGCAAAAACGCCAAACGAUUCAUAUAAUAUAUUGUUGUUAUAAAAUAUAUAAUAUUGAGAUGAGAUGAAGGAAGAACCAAUUGAGAUUACGAAAGAAGAGAACAAUUACGAGCUUUAAAGAUUUUAAUAAAUUGUUUUAAUUCAUAAUUAACAAAUCGGUUCUUUGUAGAAUUUUAAAUAUCACGCUGGAAACUGUUGGAACUGUAUGAUAAUGCGGAAUGGCGCAUGUUUUAACUUAAUAUCGACAUGUUUCUCCAUCUAGCUUCUCAAUUACAGAUCACGUUGUACGAAAGCGAUCUAAUAAGUAGUAAUUUUUAUGUGACUGAACCGAUUAUCUAAUAUCUUGUAAGAUAUACUCAAGAUUGUUACCAUCAUAAUAAACUAAACUACAUCCAUCUUUGAUUGCAUCGGAAACGAAAAGACCGGAUGUUUUAGGAUUGUAAAACAGAGCGCAAUUGCCUCCUUCGCAUUUUCACUCGACUUUAUAAUCAGUCAAACGAGAUAUGUCUUUGUAAGACUAUGAUGAUAUACGUUCACAUCACAUAUUUUCUGUACCUCGAAAUAGAGUCUCGGUCACGAGAGUCUAAACUUGUUCGUUUAAAAGUGUUCGAACCUGGGAGCAGAACGAAUAUGAGACAGUCCCACUAUCGAGCCUGUCUGGCUUAGUUUUUCCUUUUAUCAUUUAGUCGCAAUCCCGAUGAUACAGUUAUGAACUGGGGACUAAAAACGAAGUAAACCCGAAAUCUCGUUAAAAAGAGAAACAAUGUGAGAUAUUCCUAAUUAACAUCAUGUACGAAGGAAAAUCAUUGUGCAGGACGAAAAUGAUUGCACUAAACUUUGCUUCCUAGUCCGUAUCGCAUGCGCAUGUGAAAACGUAAAUGACAACAAUUAAUGGAUGAUAUUUUAUUAGAGGCAGAUAUGAAUUUCAUGAAUUCAAGUAGAUCGUGUAAGACCAGAUUGAAAGUACGUCGUUUUCGUAGCGAAUGGAAACGAAUGAAACUUUUUCCGUUUUCAGUCCCCGAUCGCAACAUUAAUGUACAUGUGUUUAUAUGUAUAUAUAUUAUAAUUAUUGCUAUUCGAUAUUUGCGCACAUUAUUUAAUUAGUAAACGUGAAAAAGAGAAUUAAUGAAAACUAGGAAAUAUUUACUGAAUCCAAAAGGAGACACGGAACUUCCUUGGAACGUGAGAUACGGAAUAUUGUAGAAGGCGAUAACGAUUUAGUUUCUCAAUUAUCCUAGUCUUGUACAGAAAUUUCGCGCAUAUAGUUACGACAAUGAAAACGACGAUGCGAUUACGCAUAAAUAUUUAUCGUGUUUUCACAGCGAUCACAUAUUAAAUCGUGUGUGGCACACACACACACUUUUUGUACGACGAUCAUUAUCGAGGAUAAUCUUUCCAAGCGUUAUCGAUUUCUUAGCUAGCAUACAAGCUAUACGGAAACAUCGAAUCUGAAAACUGCCAGUGCAACAUUUUUAUCAAGUAUUAACGAAUCAUCAUUCAUUAUACAGAACAUAUUCCAAAGCAAGGAUUGACACCGCGAUUUUGAUGAGACUGAAUUUCAAUGCUAUAGAUAUAAAUAUGGUACGUAUAAUUCCCUGUGAAAUUUAUUAUACAUAUUUCACAUGAAUGCUACGGUUGAUGUAAUGAUGUAAUAAUACAUUUUUUCGUAUUAUUCGCAUAUAGCAUAUCGGAUAUUAAACUCUACGAUGAGAGCGGUCUCGAUCCUUGUAUGAGAGAGGGACGAAUAAAACUGCAUCAGUAAUUGCAAGAUCCGUAUUUGGAUCAAUAAAUAUCUAAUGACGUGUUGUGUCAGUAGAAAGCUCGGAAGAUGCAUAUAGUGCAUUAAAAUCGUAUGUAUGAUAUGUAUAAUAGAUUUGUGCGAAUAUGAAUCCCCGUGACUUUCUGCUUUUACAAUGCGUUCCUGCAUAACGUCUUAACGCGGAUUGCUAAGUCAUUACGAUAACGAGAGGAGGAAUUUCAAAGGAAACAUUGUAUCUAUAAAAUUUUAUUAAAUCCAUGGCAUAUGGCGAAUUACUCUUUCAGCUCAUGGCUUAACAUAACACUUGCACAAGAAGGAUAAUGUGUCUUACAUGCAUUUGUUGCGCGGUCUUGCGGAUCGCGUACAAGGAUUUUAAACUUUUUGGAAAUACAAGGUUGAAAAAACGAGGAAAACAGAAAGAGAAGUAUUUGUAUCACGAAACUGAUGAUUGAUGCGUGUUAAGGUAGACGCGCAAGAGAAAUGCAGCAUAAUUAACUGUUGUAAGGUACACGCUACGCAUGACAUUAAUCACUGCUUGAGGUUUGUAAUGUUUUAUGAAUUUAUAUUACCGCGAUGCGUUGUAUAAUGUCAAGAGAAAUAUUAUUUAUUACAAUAAAUAUCGUACAAAGU